AUGAAGCUUUUCUCACUCUCAAGCCUUCUUUUUGCGACUGUUGUGCUUCGGCCUGUUUUUUGUAAUCUUGCGGGCCAUAGCGCGUACGAUGUCACGGAAGAUGGAAAUGAAUAUUCCGUCUUUACCAAUGGUUACGAGAGAGGUCGAAUCGCUGUGACUAGGGUCAUCAUCAAGAAGCCAAAGACACUCGAGAUCAAGACGGCAUAUAACGGCAAGGAUACGACCAACUCGAAACUACACCUUAAUCAAAUUCUGAUGGCGCUGUGGACGGAAAAGGGAGGUUUACGAGCUUCAUCUUUAAAACGCGUCAAGUUUCUUGAAGUGGCAAACGACAGUGUCAAGGCUGCCAUACAAGCAGCUCGACAAGAAUUGGAACUAGAGGAUGUUGAUGACUUCGAGUUGGACGUGGAAGACGCCGAUGAGGAUCUCUUGUCUAAUUUCCGAAACUCUGUGUUUGGUAAGGUCGUCGCCAGAUUGUGUGAGGCUUCUGGGCAUACACCGGAGUCUGUUUCAAUUGAGCACACGGCUGGCUGGGACGAUAUCACCUGGGAUCUCGCGUGA